UAGAAUGUUACAUUAGAGCCAUCCUCAAUUCUAAGGAUACUGCUGGCCGACUGUACCUCAUGAAUCACUACACCGUGGGUGCAAUUGUACAUGGCACAAGAGAGCAGAUGGCAAGGCAAGGGUUAAAAAAGGUCACAUUUGAUGACUAUGAUGGAGCCAUUGGAUUUGUCAACAUAAGAAAUGUGCACUGGAAGUUUGUGUAUCUUCAUGCCCUUUCAAACCACAUUUUUGUGGUUGAUCCUCUACAAGGGUCAAAUGAAGUUGAGGACUCCAGAAAGGCUGGCUACAGAUUUGGACAGUAUUUCAAAAUGCGCCGGAACAGACUUGGAAAGGAGGACUGGGUUAACAUCAAGUGGCAGCCUGGCAAGAUAACCCACACCUUCCAGAAAGAUGACACCAGUUGUGGGAUCUUUGUCAUGCAGAUGGCCAAGAUGACCGUGACACAGUUUCCAAACAUCCCAAAGAGGUUUCACAUUAACACAUCCAAAAAAUCUCUUCAAAAUCUAAGAAGAGACAUGGCAGAAGAAAUUCUGAAAGGAUCAGUUUCAAAGGAUGAGUUCUGUUUCUUCUGGGCAAUGAGGACCUGCCCAAGACUGCUGUUGAUGCUGUCUGGAUUCAGUGUGAAACUUGCACAAAAUGGUUUCACACGCAGUGCCUUGGAAUGACAGUGGCAACGACACCAAACACAGAUACCCCUUGGUAUUGUGUACUGUGCAACGACCCUAAAUAAAGAGGCUGUAGGUGAGUUUGGUGAGGUCUUACCUGAGAUAGACUUUCUAUGUAAAAAUAGGACUGUGGAUUUCUAUCAUUAAUAAUGUACAG